AUGGCUUCUUCAGGGGAUAUUCCUUUGGGGAAUACCAAAUUGAGCCGGGCCGAGUGUCGAGCGGCAGUACAAUCUCUUCUCAAAGGCUCGCCCACGACCAAUGGAAGCCAUGGGGUCGACGCAGAACAUGGGAAGCGACUGGACUUGCUGAACGUCAUCCUACACAGGCAUACACAAUUUGUGUACAUGGCAGAGGGCCGGGCCAAUGUUGUUUUCAAGCUGAUAGAGCCAGAGAUCGGGGUUGGGGAAGAAUAUGAAGGUCAGCACGUCCUCGCAGGUCUACUCCUACGGGUUCCGAAGAUAGUCAAGGGCACCGAGCCUCACAGCUACGAGGAACUGCAACGCUAUCGGGAGCGGCUCGUCGAGCCCAAGGUCGGCGCUCAGCAUCUCGUCCCCCAGCUUCUCGUUAAGCUCGAGCCUCGCAUCACACAGCAGAUGAACCUGGAGCGGGACCGCAACUCGCAGCGAGAUACUGCAAGCACCCUCGCCGAGGGCCACGCCAUGCUGAUAGAGGACAUGAGCACGCCCCCGUGGCGGAACGCCAUCGGACUCGAGUUCAAGCCCAAGUGGUUGGCGCAGUCCCCCAUCGCACCAGCCGACGCAACACGCUGCCGGACCUGUGCCCGAGAGGGGUUCCGCAACAGCGAGAAGCGCGCCGAGGGCAAGAAGACGAGCCCUCCGGUCUGCCCGCUGGGUCUCGUGCACGGCAAUCCGGCCGUCGUGCUCGAGACCAUCCGCCACCUGACCCCGGGGUGGGCGGAGGCGGACCGCAAGCGGCUCGAGCAGGCGUUUCAGAAGACGCAGAUCUUCCAGAAGCUGCGGACGCUGCAGGUCCGCGGGGACCCGGGCGACACCAUGUUCACCAACCCGCAGGACGAGGACUUUGGCCUCGCCAUGACGCUGAGGGACUGCACCUGCUUCGUCCGCAUGCCCAAGGACGCCGGCGGCCCGGGCGAGACCGAGAUCAGGCUCGCCGACGUCGACAGGAAGAACUGGGAGUCCAAGGCCGAGUACUGGCAGAACUCGCACACGAACCUGGUGGAGAAGGGCUUCUACCACGGAAGGGAGGAGCCUCGCAUGGAGACGCACUGCCUGCUCCUGAAGCCGGAGUAG